AUGAUGAGUCAUGUUGACACAGGCGUGGGCGAUGAUGUUUCUUUCCUAACAUCUGACAUUGGUGUCAGGAAAAUUUCACCUGGUGACAUUAGCCAUGACAUCAAUUCUAUCACUUGUGACAUUAGCCAUGACAUCAAUUCUAUCACUUGUGAUAUUAGCCAUGACAUCAAUUCUAUCACUUGUGAUAUUAGCCAUGACAUCAAUUCUAUCACUUGUGAUAUUAGCCAUGACAUCAAUUCUAUCACUUGUGACAUUAGCCAUUACAUCAAUUCUAUCACUUGUGACAUUAGCCAUGACAUCAAUUCUAUCACUUGUUACAUUAGCCAUGACAUCAAUUCUAUCACUUGUGACAUUAGCCAUGACAUCAAUUCUAUCACUUGUGAUAUUAGCCAUUACAUCAAUUCUAUCACUUGUGAUAUUAGCCAUGACAUCAAUUCUAUCACUUAUGAUAUUAGCAAUGACAUCAAUUCUAUCACUUGUGAUAUUAGCCAUGACAUCAAUUCUAUUACUUGUUACAUUAGCCAUGACAUCAAUUCUACCACUUGUUACAUUAGCCAUUACAUCAAUUCUACCAGCCUAUGA